AAUUCUAUUUUAGUAUAUUGUAAACUUCAAUUAAAAACAUAUAUAAACUUUAUCGAAUAUCCUUCAAAGUUGCGUGUAGUUCCUCAUUAUGAUAUAAGCCGUUACUAGGAAGUAUAGUGUAAGUCUGGACACUCGGAUAUGUUCGUCAAUCUUCGGAGAUCUUUCGUUGAACUGUGAGUAAAAUACGGCCACUGCGCACGUCGUUUUGCCUUCGCUAUACUUUGUGUCGGGUAUGACACCGCUCUAUGGAACCCAAGUAUAAGAGAGAAAGAGAAACAGAGAGAGAGAAGAAGAAGAAAAAGAAAGAAAGAGAGAAAGUGAACGUGAAGCAGGAUAAGUGUGAGUGAGAGAGGGAACAGAACUACUGAGGAUUCUGACCACAGCGCUCAGUCGCUAACGAAGCACCGGAACUAUUGGUUAAACGUUUCUUGUGGUUAAGCAUUUCUUAGAAGUAAAAAUGAUCGUCCAAAUUGAAGAUGUCAUGGACUUGAAAAAUAAGCUUGAAGCAGCUGGAAACACUUUAGUUGUAAUUGAUUUCUUUGCUACGUGGUGUGGUCCAUGUAAGAUGAUUUCACCCAAACUGGAAAAAUUAGCUGAAGAAAUGCAAGAUGUUAUUUUCUUAAAAGUUGAUAUAGAUGAAUGUGUAGAACUUGCUACUGAAUAUGAUAUUAUCAGUAUGCCUUCCUUCGUUUUUAUCAAAAAUGGUCAAGUGCUGGAAUCCUUUUCUGGUGCUAAUUAUAACAGACUUAAAAGCACAAUUCUGAAGCACAAGUGAAUAUAUAAUUUUAAUAAUAAAAAUAUUUCUAAACAGAAUAUUGAUUAGCACUAAUCAACAAAGAUAACUAGGAAAAACCUCAUAAUCAUUAAAAUUGAAAUUAUGUAUUACUUUUUAUGUAAAUGUAAGGAAGUUAAUACAUUUUUAUUGAUACGUUGUCAAUUUUAUUAUACAUAUUUCAUUGCAAAAUAAAAUGUA